AACACAAGCUGCAAUUCCAUGUCCAAUAUAUGUCAACUUUCUACCAAUGAAUGGAAUUGGGAUGAGCCUAUUUACACAUCCAUUGUAUCUGAAUGGUCACUUCAUUGUUCUGAUAAUCCUAUACUUCAAGGCCUUCCUGCUUCAUCUUUUUUCAUGGGCUGCUUACUUGGUGGCCUAGUUCUUGGCCUUCUCGGCGACACAAUUGGUCGAAAGACUAUGCUAUUUCUCGGGUGUUUGAUCAUGUCCAUGGCUUCAAUCUUCAUUGCUUUCUCUUACAACAUUUGGAUGUACUCAGCCUUGAUAUUUCUAAGUGGCUAUGGCCGUGCAGCGAUUGGAUCGUCUGUUCUGGUUUUGUUUUCUGAGAGUGUUGCUAAACAAUAUCAAGGUCAAGUAGGAACUAUAGGAUUCCUUAUGUCUACACUUGGAUUUGUAUCUUUACCAGGUUUGGCUUAUUUUAGUAGGAAUUACUCAUGGAGGGUACUUUAUCUAUGGACUUCUCUUCCAACAAUAAUUUAUUGCAUGUUACUACAGUUUUGUGUUUAUGAGUCACCAAAAUGGCUACUUUCAAAAGGGAAAAAUAGAGAGGCUUUUGCUAAAAGAUGGAUUCUUGGACAGCUAUUGCUAGCUCUAACAACUGGUUUUGGUAUUGGAUUGAUGUACUAUGGCAUGCCAUUAGGACUUGGCAAUUUUAGCUUAAAUCUCUAUUUGAGUACCGGACUAAACGCGUUGCUAGAGUUACCAGCAUUCUUGAAAGUCUUUUUGUUGGUAGAAAAAUGCAAAAGAAGUACACUCAUUGGACUAAGUGUUUUAUCAGGUGUCUGUGGCAUGUUGUGCAUGCUAUUGCUAGCUCUAACAACUGGUUUUGGUAUUGGAUUGAUGUACUAUGGCAUGCCGCUAGGACUUGGCAACUUUAGCUUAAAUCUGUACCUGAGUACCGGGCUAAACGCGAUGCUAGAGUUACCAGCAUUCUUGAUAGUCUUUUUCUUGGUAGAGAAAUGCAAGAGAAGAAGCACACUAGUUGGACUAAGUAUUUUAUCUGGUGUUUGUGGCAUGUUAUGUAUGAUAGUGGACAAAUGGAAAGUGUUACAGCUAGUAUUGGAGUUAAUUUCCUUCUUUAGUGCUUGCACUGCAUUUGACUUGUUUCUGAUAUACACAUCAGAGUUGUUCCCAACUAGCAUAAGGAAUGCUACUGUGUCAAUUGUGUGGCAGGCUGUGGUGCUCGGGGGCGUGGUAAGUCCAGUUUUGGUUGAUGCAGGAGGAGAUAGAAGCAAGAUUUUACCAUAUUUGGUGCUUGGAAUUAUGACAUCAAUUGCAGGAUCUUUGGUCAUUUUUCUGCCAGAAAUAAAGGGAUUAGAGCUUUGUAAGAAUAUGGAAGAGCAAGCUCAAGAGGGUAAUAGAGCACCUUAUGUUAUGAAUGGGGUGUGA